UAGCUGCAGUGUUUUAGUGAUGUGUGACCAAACAGGUGUUUAGAACGACAGCCAAAAAAAAAAAAAAAAAUGACAGCUACGUUUCAGUCGCUGUUUUGCCAACCGCCCGGAUGCUAGCUAGCCACAUGCUAAAAUAGGCGGGCCUGGAAACGUCAAAACCGAGUUUUAACGAUGCCGUCACAAAGAGUGCGAGGAGAAAUUGGCUGCAAUUAGCCCGCUUGGUUAGCCCGACGAUUAGCAGCCUGCGUGCGUCUUUGCACGCGCAAACACAAAACGGGGGCCAGUGGUUGACUUUUAAAGUCAACUUGAGUACUUUUCACACACCUGGAUGACUUUGCCCUCCUUUGACGUGUGUUCCAGGCUCGCCUUCGCGGACGUCAUGGCGGAAACUGAAGGCAAAUCGGCAGCGCUCAACGGGGCCUCUGGGGAGGAGGAAGCCGGGGGUGAUCAUCAGAAAGACGGGGAAGCCUGUGGAAGCAAAGAUGGAGACAAACACACUGACAACGCAGAGGCGUCCGGUGACAGGAUCGUGCUGGAAAGCGAGCCGGGUGAGGAGGAAAACGAGGAGGAGGAAGACACGGACAGCAUGGAUGGCAGCGGCCUCUUUUCCCUGACUGAGGACGGCGAAAGAGAGAGCGAGGGAGGCAGACCGGAGAGGGCAAAGGAUGGCGGGAGAAGGGCCGCCAGGAAGAGGAACAGACCGUGCAGCGGUGCCGGAAACAACAACAACAACCGUUCAUCCAGCUCGGACGAGGACGAAGAAGAGGAGCUGAAAGACGAUGAUGACGAAAACGACGACGACGAGGACGACGACGAGGUGAUGGAGGCGUGGCUCGGCGCCGAGCUGCGGGACCUGCGCGGACCGGCGUGGCGGGCCAUCCCCUCGCUGCGCUGCCGAGAGAUCGGCCGGGACUCGCAGCAGUUCGUGAGGCGCGUGUGCGGCGCCCGCGGCCUGGUGCAGAGGCUGGAGCUGCAGGGCCUGCUGGAGAGCCACUCGGGCUGCGUCAACACGUUGCACUUCAACCCGUCGGGCACGCGCCUGGCGUCCGGCAGCGACGACCUCCGCGUGGUCAUCUGGGACUGGGCCAUCCGGCGCGCCGAGCUGGAGUUCGACAGCGGGCACAGGAGCAACGUUUUUCAGGCCAAGUUCCUACCUCACAGUGGCGACUCCACCCUGGCCAUGUGCGCCCGGGACGGUCAGAUCCGCGUGGCAGAGCUCUCUGCCACCCAACGGUGCAAGAACACCAAGAGGGUGGCGCAGCACAAAGGGGCCGCGCACAAGUUGGCCCUGGAGCCCGACUCCCCGUGCUCCUUUCUGUCGGCGGGAGAGGACGCCAUGGUGUUCGGAAUCGAUCUGCGGCUCGACCGCCCUGCCAACAAGCUGGUGGUGGUGAAGGAGGGUGACAAAAAAGUAGGCCUGUACACCAUUUUUGUCAACCCAGCCAAGACGCAGCACUUUGCGGUCGGUGGGAGGGAUCAGUAUGUCCGGAUUUACGACCAGAGGAAGAUUAACGAGAACGACAACAACGGCGUGCUGAAGAAGUUCUGCCCCUCGCAUCUGGUGUCCAGCGAGUCCAAAACCAACAUCACCUGUCUAGUAUACAGCCACGACGGCACAGAGCUGCUAACGAGUUACAAUGACGAGGACAUCUAUCUAUUUGACGCCAACCACAGCGACGGCGCAGACUACUGCAGAAGAUACAAGGGACACCGCAACAACGCCACAGUAAAGGGCGUCAACUUCUACGGGCCUUGCAGCGAGUUUGUGGUGAGCGGCAGCGACUGCGGCCAUAUCUACCUGUGGGACAAACACUCGGCCCGCAUCGUCCAGUUCAUGGAGGGCGACAGAGGCGGAGUGGUGAACUGCUUGGAGCCCCACCCCCACCUGCCCGGCAUGGCCACCAGCGGUUUAGACCACGACGUCAAGCUGUGGGCCCCCACCGCCGAGACCCCCACCGGACUCAAGGGCCUCAAAGAGGUGAUGAAGAAGAACAAGCGAGAGCGCGACGAGGAUAGCGUGCGGCACGGCGACCAAUACGACACCCAGCUGCUGUGGUUCCUGAUGAGACACAUGAGGAACCGACGGCCCCCGAGGACCCGGCGCGAAGGGGCCGACGCGGACACGGACGAGUCCUGGAGCUCGCCGGACACCUCCGAUGAAGAGGAGGGGGGUCCGGACCACGUCCAGUGCAUGUCCUCAUGAGCCACACACGUACACGCGCUCCUAUAUACAGACACUGUCCGAUAAAAAGCAGGUAUGUCCACAUUUUGUGUAAACCCCCCCCCCUCCUCCUCAAAAAAAAAAAAAAAAAAAAUCCCCAACAAUUAUUUUGGGUAGCAAGGAGGAAAAAUCCAGUAAAAAUUAGACGAGUAGAACCCCACCCCACCCAAAUUUGUUGAACAAAUUGUGACUUGGGUUGGGGGAAAAAAAAAAAAAAAAACAUUUUUGACAAUGAAAAUAAUUCAAAAUUUGGUGUACAAAUUUUGGGAUUGUUUCCAUCAUUUAAAAACAAAAAACGUUUUUCUGGAUAAACAUUGCAGACCAUAAAGUUAAGAUAAAAAAUAUAACAAAAAAGUGUAAUGUGCGUAUAAAUAAACCCCUAACAAAAUACGUUCUAGGCAAUACGAAAAAAAAAUUGCGGUUUGUGGUUUUGGAUCCAAAAAAAGAAAAGAACAUUUGUGA